AUGAGAGUCCCAUCAGGAGAGUCCUCAUCAGGAGAGUCUCAUCAUGAGAGUCCCAUCAGGAGAGUCUCAUCAGGACAGUCCCAAUCAGGAGAGUCUCAUCAGGAGAGUCUCAUCAGGAGAGUCCCAUUAGGAGAGUCCCCAUCAGGAGAGUCCUCAUCAGGAGAGUCCCCAUCAGGAGAGUCUCAUCAGCAGAGUCCUCAUCAGGAGAGUCUCAUCAGGAGAGUCCUCAUCAGGAGAGUCUCAUCAGGAGAGUCCCAAUCAGGAGAGUCUCAUCAGGAGAGUCCCAUUAGGAGAGUCCCAUCAGGAGAGUCUCAUCAUGAGAGUCCUCAUCAGGAGAGUCUCAUCAUGAGUGUCCCCAUCAGGAGAGAGAGUCUCAUCAGGGGGAGUCUCAUCAAGGAGAGUCUCAUCAGGAGAGUCCUCAUCAGGAGAUUCCCCAUCAGGAGAGUCUCAUUAGGAGAGUCCUCAUCAGGAGAGUCUGAAUCAGGAGAGUCCCCAUCAGGAGAGUCCAGGAGUCUCAUCAGGAGAGUCACCAUCAGGAGAAUCCCAUUAGGAGAGUCCCCAUCAGGAGAAUCCCAUUAG